AUGGAAAACAAGAGGGCUUACGGGUGCUUAUGGUUUCAACUAGCUAAAAAACGAACUUUGAGUGAGACAAUAUCAAUUUUAGAAACGAGAAAAAUAAAGGGAAGUGCCUAUGAUGACGAAGAUGUUGAUGGUUUUACGGAAGCAAUCGACCAGCUGAGCGAUGAAGAACGUUUGGAACUCGAACGAAAACAUCUCUAUGAAACUUUCAAUAAGAAUUACAUCAACUUCUAUAACCGGUUACUAUCAAUGCUGAAAAAUAAAAAGGAUAACGAAAAUAACGAAAGACGCAGUAACAAUCUGAGCAGUUUGCAAAAAACGUUUGAAAAAGGAGAAGUUGAAGUUGAUCUUGAUAAUUGGAAAAUUGUUGAGAAUAGUAAUGUCUUUGUAACACAAACCACCCAGAAAAGCCCAACAGAUGCUGUGCUUUAUACUGCGAAUCACGAUCCAGUUUCUCAAACCACACCGACUCCAAAUUUGGGCUCGUCUUCCAAUGACGUUGGUAAACUAAAAUCAUCUGAUUCCUCCCAAACUUCUACCGAGCAAGGUAUCUUUUUGACAGAUUCUAAAAGCUGUUCAAAACACCAGUGUAAAAAUUAUAUUAGAUGUAUAAGUGUCUGGAAUGGUUAUGAAUGCAUCUGCAAACCAGGAUGGAUGGGUAAAAACUGUGAUCGUCCGUGUAGAGAUAUCUAUGGCACGUGUAACUACUGGAAAAAACAAGGUCAAUGUGAGAUACAACGUGAUGCCACAGAUUUUUUUUAUUCCCAUUGUGCACGGUCGUGUGGAAUAUGUAUUUACGACAACGCAACAGAUAACAAAUUUGCUCAAGUAUCACGAUCAAAAGUUGGCAGAUGUAGCAAAUUUUGGAACUUUUUGAUCUUAUUCGGAUUGUAUGUAGAAACAUGUUUAAUUGGACCCAAUCUACAUGGCAUUUAUUUUAGUGGGCGAUUGGCUGCCAAUACCUACAGAGCUUCUACCACUGGCAAGAAUGCUUGGAGAGACAGUAAUUUUACUCUUGAUUACCCGAUAAGUUUUAAUGGGGAAGGAUAUACGGAAAUAUUGACGUUAGCUGUUGGUGCACCGUUAGCACUCGGCUCUCCUGUAAUCAACUUUACGUAA